CGGAAAUCAAAAUUAUUUGAAGAAAACAAUUUUAUUUAAAGACAUGGAAGACUCUGCUGAAGAUAAAAAAGAUGAAAAAUCUUUAAAUUUCCAUCAAAUGGAAUUGGAUGACAGGAUACUUAAGGCGAUAGCGAAACUUGGAUGGAUGAGACCAACAAUGAUUCAGGAGAAAGCCAUUCCUCUUAUCUUAGAAAAGAAGGAUGUUCUAAUACGAGCUCGAACAGGAUCGGGAAAAACUGCAUCAUUCUCAAUUCCAAUAAUUCAAAAGAUUUUGAAUUCAAAGGAAUCUGCAAAGGAACAGACAACAACAGCAUUGAUCCUCGCACCAAGUAAAGAAUUAUGCCAACAAAGUCGGAAGGUUAUAGAAGGUUUAACAAUAAAAUGCAGUAAAAUCAUUCGAUGCAUUGACUUAACAGCAAAAGGAGAUCCAACGACACAAAAGCACAGCCUUGCUCAACGACCUGACAUCGUCAUAUCAACUCCAGCUCGAAUUCUUUCACAUCUUGUUCAAAAAAAUAUUGACAUAAAGGAAAGUUUAGAAACAAUGGUGAUUGAUGAAGCUGAUUUAAUGUUUUCCUUUGGAUUUGAGAACGAUUUGAAAAAUGUUUUGGAUUAUAUGCCAGCAGCUUAUCAGUCAAUUUUAGCAUCGGCUACUUUAAGUGACGAAGUGAUGGAUCUCAAAAAAAUUGUUCUCCACAAUCCAGUUGUUUUGAAACUUGAAGAACCUGAACUUCCACCAAUCACUCAGUUAUCUCAUUAUCAUCUUCCAGCGGAAGAAAACGACAAAGCUGCGAUUCUUUACACACUCUUCAAGCUUCAUCUUAUAAAGGGAAAAUCGAUUAUCUUUGUGAAUACAGUUGACAAAGGAUACAAAUUAAAGCUCUUCUUAUGGCAGUUUAAAAUAAGAUCAUGCGUCUUAAAUUCUGAGCUUCCAGCAAAAAUCAGAAUUCAUACAGUUCAUCAAUUUAAUCAAGGACUUUAUGACAUUAUAAUUGCAUCUGAUGAGAGAUCACUUCUGAAACCAGGAGAACAACUAACAAAAUCAUCUAAAACUGUUAAAACAAAAGUUAAAAAGGGACAAGACAGUGAAUCGGGAGUUGCUCGUGGAAUUGAUUUUCGUUGUGUUUCAAAUGUUAUAAAUUUUGAUUUUCCUUUGGAUAUCAAUUCAUACAUUCAUCGAGCAGGUCGAACAGCUCGUGGAAAUAACUCUGGAAAUGUUUUAUCCUUUGUGUCCCUUUCUGAAAAUGAUUUGAUGAAUUUAGUUGAAGAACAUUUGUUGGCAAGUUAUCCUGGUGAAGAAAUGAUUAUGAAGAAACACCAGUUUAAACUUGAAGAAGUGGAACCGUUCAGAUAUCGAGCACAAGAUGGAUGGCGAGCAAUAACUAAGAAUGCGGUUAAGGAAGCAAGACUCAGAGAGAUUAAAGCUGAAAUGUACAACUCGGAAAAGUUGAAAACAUUUUUUGAAAAUAAUCCACAUGACUUGCAAGUGCUUCGACACGAUAAACCAAUUAAUGUCGUUAAAGUUCCAGAACAUUUAGCUGAAGUUCCGGAAUACAUUAUACCAGCACCUUUAAGAAACAUGGUUGGAAUUGUCACUAAAAAACGAAAACAUCAGCAAAGUGUCAGUAAAACAAAACUUAAAUAUCAGCAAAAAGCUGACAAUCCAUUAGCUGUUGCUGAAAUCGAUUACGCAAAGAAACAGAAGAAAUUUUAA